AGUCUGAACUGCCUUUCCCACAACUGUCUUAAAAUUGUGAAACGUACUGUGCACACACUAUACACACACACAUACGGAUCUGGCGAAUUUGUAUUAAAAAUUCCUGUUGAAAGGCAUCAAGUUGAAAUUGUAAGAGUUUAAAAUGCUAAGGUUUGGUUUUUUUAGAGUCAACAGAGCUCCACUACGCCGUCGAUUGGGCGCAGACGGGCUAAGUAGCGAAGUGAUUAAGACUCUGGAGGAGGAUAAAGUGAACGGUAGUCCAGACGCGGUGAACUCAAAGGACGGGGAGGCCAGGAUGAACAGGAACCAGCAGUUGUUGAUCAACCAUGCCGCAUUCCAGAUAGACCGAAAACCCUACACUAUGGACAACCAGAGGCUAUCCUGUCCCCACGAACUGAAGCGGACGGUGGCCCAGAUAUAUUAUGCGAACCGGUGCCAAAUUGAGAGUGCGAUCAGGGCGGCACUAAGGGCUCAGGGAACCUGGAGUCUUGUAACCGCGGCGGACCGUCUAACCAUCUGGAGGCAUGCUGCAGACAUAAUCGAGGCGGAUGAAUUCCGUAUGCGGAUGUAUUUGAUGCUGGCUCAGGGAAAGACAAGCGUCGACGCCGGCAAGGAUAUUUGGCGCCUUGUCACGUCGCUUAGAGCCAAUGCCGACUACCUGAAGCGUUUGACGCAGCUGCGCUUAGACAUCCAGGGCGAAGAGCGCGUGUUUCCCAUGGAUGGCUUUGUGGCUGCCAUUGCGCCGUUCGAGUCGGUCGCCCUGUCCGCCAGUCUGGCUCUGUGUCCCAUGCUCAUGGGCAACACAGUUUUGUGGAACCCUACCCUUGAAGUGGCCCCCAUAAGCUACCUCGUCUACCUGGCCUUCAAGAAGGCUGGUCUGCCAAAGGGCGUGCUGAACUUUGUGCCAUCCAAUAGAAGACUUUUCCUAGAUACCAUCACGGAUGCCGAGCACUUUGCCGGAGUCAAUUGCCACGGCAGCGCCCAAGACCAUCGUUAUAUCCACAAGCUGGUGAACGAUAAGAUGCAGCGGUACAUCUGCUUCCCUCGCCUGGUGGUCAAAUGUGCCAGCCAGAACUUUCACUUUGUUCAUAGCAGUGCCAAGAUAGAGGACGUCUGCUCGGCCACCGUGGAAGCAGCAUUCAACUAUGCCGGACAGUACUCCAAUUCAUUGGCCCGCAUGUAUGUGCCAUCCUCCAUGUGGACCGAGCUGCGGGAACAGCUAAUCGAAGCAGUGAAACGACUUACAGUCGGUGAUCCCACCCAGGAGGAGACCAAGAUGGGGCCCGUCAUUAACCGGGCAGCCUACGAGCGCUUGAGGAAACUAAUGGAGUCCAACAAGGAAGCGGAGUUUUUGUGCGGUGGCACCUGCAACGAUAACUUUGGCUAUUUUGUCGAGCCGACGAUUUUGCGGACCAUGAACCCGCUGGAUCCCCUACUGAGCGAACCCCUUUCGGGGCCGUUGCUUCCAAUAUUUGUCUAUGCCGAUGACUCGUUGGCGGAUGCACUCAACCUGGCCACCCACCAGUCCAAGUACGCUCUGUCCGGCUCAGUGUUUGCCGCUCGGGGUGAGGUGAUCUCGCUUUGUUUGAACCAACUCCGAAUGGCGGCCAGUAAUUUGUAUGUAAGUGAGAGUUGCACUGGCAGCUCGGUUGGCAUAACGCCUCUUGGCGGCAACCGCCUGUCGGGAUCGAUUGCUAAGUCUGGCUCUGCCAACUUCUAGAGGAGACGGUGGACCAUCCCGAGGCGUCAUCUACAGGAUGGGAAGUUGCAUGCAUAUAUAAGCUUUUGAU